AUGUAUGCACCAGGCACCCAAGAGUUUGAUCUUUCCCCCGGGCUUCCUGGUCACUACCAAAAUCCCGUCAGACAGGCAGGCAGGCCGGCAGGCACGGCUUGUAUGAAGCCAAGUCUGUUGCAGCUUCCUAGUAGCUCCUGGUACAGGAUGGAUUGGCUGUACAUCCGGAGAGCAAACCGACUUAGAGUUUCCUGGCACUGGGUCUGUCAUUGCUGGCCCACCACUGCCACCGGAGGAAUAAAUGUCAGCAAGCCAGCAAGCAAGUCACCACCGGCCUGUCAACGAGGGUUACCUGACGAUCAAAAUCCAAUUCGCGCCUGCGUGGAAUUGAGUUUCGACAAGCACCCACCGGUGCGAUCGUCUACUGCUCACCCACUUUGUCGGGACCUUACUAUCGGACCUGUCCCUUACCACCCGAAAAGGUCCAAGAGUCGUGCUCGCGCGUCUGUCGGCGCUUCCGUGGGUGGACUCGCCGGGCAACGAGAAGAUAGCUCAGAUUCACAGCCCCAGCAGCAGCAGCAGCAGUCGCCUAUGGGCUUUUGGAUCUUCUGGGGAUCUCCCGCGAAAGUUUUGGCGACGGAAGAGAAAGCUCCGCUUCUGCCUUCUUUCAUCCCGAUCGACCAUCCCCGGGGGAUCCCUGCUGGCACAUUGGAGCAAAGACUUUCUGCACGGAUCCCGACGGAGCCUGACUGGAACCGUCGGCCGGCCCAGUGGAAGACCUCGAACCCAGACAUCGAAGCUGCCUUGCUGAUGGGCACACUGGCCGAGAGGAAAGUUGACGCGGCGCACAGUCCUCCUCUUGGGCAUCUGGUCGUCAUGCGGUUCCGUCUACUCGUCACAGGCCACCACGGGGUUUCUAUUGGGUUGGAAAUAGGUCACCGGUGCGGCCGGGAUGGAUCGUUGACGACUAAAAGUGCGGGUAUGAUGAUGGGCGGUGAUGAUGACAACCGAGGUCAUCGAUCAUUUUCAUUCACCACUGUCCAUGGAAGUCGGGAGAGGAUAAGAGAAGAGAAGGGGAGCUACUGUGAAAAGGCGCGCGCAUAUGGGCCGCAGAGCUCGGACCGCGGAGGAUGGGGGACUGGAGCAGUUGCUGGUCGAGCGCAUUCCCGAUUCGAUGUGUAG